AUGAAGUUAAAUAAUAUAUUUCAAUUCGCUCAAACAAAUAUUACAUGUUUACGAAGAGUAUCAAGUAUUAAUACUAGAGCGGUAAGUUCUUCGGACGCAGAUCCCACUUUCGUACCUAAAUCGUGGGAUGAAAUUCCUGGACCGACCUCAUUGCCUCUCGUAGGACAACUGCAUCAUUUUCUACCUGGCGGUUCGUUGUAUAAAUUUGAAGGCGUUCGUUUACAUAGACAUUUAUACAAAACAUAUGGGCCAAUUGUAAAGUUGAAAGGGCUCCUCGGUGGUCCUGACAAUGUACUACUCUUUGAUGCAGAAAGCUCAGCCGAGGUUUUUCGUUCUGAAAAUGUAUUGCCGAAACGACCGGGAUUUUUCUCACUAGAAUAUUACCGAAAAGUUGUUAAAAAACAAAAGAGCAAAAAUGAUAAAUUCACUGGAUUGAUUACCGACCAUGGGAUUAGGUGGAAGGAAUUACGAAGUACAGUUAAUCCAGUAAUGAUGCAACCAAAAUCAAUAAAAGAUUUCACUGCGCCACUUGACGAAAUUGUACAACAAGUCAUCGUAAGGAUAAAAUCUCUACGUAACAAGGACAACAUGAUUGAAAGAAAGUUUAACGAAGAAGUAAUGUUGUGGAUGCUAGAAUCUUUUGGACUCAUAGCUUUUGGCAUACGACUCAAUUGUUUCGAUCCCAAUUUGCCCGAGGACUCCGCAGAGCGAAAAUUAAUUGAAAGCAUACACAGUUUUUUUACAGUGCUUGACAAGUUAGAUUUUAAACCGAGUAUUUGGCGAUACUAUCCAACAAGAACAUUUAAGCGAGCAAUGCAGAUUUUUGAGACUGUUGAAUAUGCGAGUGAAGAAUUGAUGAACAAAGCCGUAAAAAACUUAAAUAAUAAUAACAAUUCAAAUAGAGAAAAAGGUAUUAUAGAAAAAUUGUUAGAAAUCGAUAAGAACAUGGCGGUUUUCAUUGCCAGCGACCUAUUAUUUGGUGGAAUAGAUACUGUUGGAAAUAUGAUGAUAGCUAUAUUCUAUUUACUCGCCAAUAAUCCUGAAAAGCAACACAAACUACGCGUAGAGCUGAGAUCGAAAGGUGAUCGAAGACAAUAUUUAAGGGCGUGUAUAAAAGAAACAAUGCGACUGUUGCCCGUUACAUUUGGAAACAUGAGAGAAACCUCGAAAGAAUAUAAUUUGCUCGGAUACAACAUUCCGAAGAAUACAUAUGUAAUAACUUGUCACCAAUAUAUGUCCCUAAUGGAGUGCCACUAUCCGAGGCCUCAGGAAUACAUUCCGGAGCGAUGGUUGGUGGACAAAAAUGAUCCACUUUAUUACGGAAACGCACAUCCUUUUGCGAUGAGCACUUUUGGUUACGGAGCACGUGCGUGUGUUGGACGCAGAGUGGCUGAAUUGGAAAUGGAGUUGUUCCUAACUCGAAUCAUAGAAAACUUCCAUAUAACAUGGGUCGGUGGACCAAUGAACAUAAAACCGAGUCUAGUCAAUUAUGCUGUUGGACCGUUCAAUUUCGUGUUUAAAGAUGUUGAA